CAGCACAAACAAAACGAACCUGCCAUGCAGCACUUAGCAGCACAGUGCUUUCUUCUUUCGAUUGGGGCUGUUUUUUUUAGCUUUUGUCUGGGAGAGUCUAUGGCUCAACAGGAGCAUGAAGACACACACAGAGCUCUGCAGCUUGAGGCUCUGAAGACAAGUAUUCUGGAGUUCCUGGGGAUGGACACACCACCUGGGCCUGGUGGAAAGCCUUCUCACCAGGACCUGGUUAGGAUGUUUCGGCAGUAUAGGAGAAUUAGACAACUGCUUAGAGGAAACUCCAGUCAAGCAGAGGACCUUCAGCAUACAAGAAAAGUCUCUACGGUGCUCUUUCCCACUAUAGUGGAGCCUCUUAAUUCUACUCUGGAAUUAAAGCAACAGUGGAUCAGAGUUGCCUUCCACAAGACCUCGCGCAUCAAAAAGGGACUCACCCUUAAAAAGGCCAGGCUGAAAAUUCAGAGAUCACACAUGGACAAAAUGACACGUGGCCAGCCAUGGCUCACAAAGGACAUUCUGGUUAGAAUGCAUAAUCCCCCUGGUUUUCAAACCGAGACCGUAUUUCAUACGAAGGACUUGAGCACUCGAGUUGUAACGUUGGAUUUGACAGUCGUAGUUGAGAAGUGGCUUAAGGAUACCAGCACUGAGCUUUUAAUUGUUGAAAUGUGCCUCAUCAAAAAACAAGAAGGAAGUGCUCCAUCCACUCCUCAGAUGAAAUUAGAACUUCUCCAAUCGCCAAGGAGAGUCAGGAGAGCUCAGUCUGCUAAGGAUGAAGGCUUUGAAAAUGAAGGUCACUGCAGGAGAAAAUCACUCAAUGUUUCCUUUAAAGAGAUUGGCUGGUCGGACUGGGUUAUUGCUCCAUUAAGCUACACAAUGCAUUUUUGCGAUGGUUCUUGUCCCCAUAAUUAUAAACCUGCCAGUAUUCAUACUCAAGUAAAGUCUCGUCUCUAUCUCCUGUCCAAGGGAAAGACACCUCAACCUUGCUGCGUACCAGCUACUUAUGAGCCAAUGGUUCUAAUGCAUUAUGACAGUCGUGGAAAGUUAAAGCUUACACCCUUCAAUGAUUUGUUAGUUAGCAAAUGCCACUGUGCAUGAACUGUCCUGGUUGAGUGUAAGAUACAUCAAGAUAAGCUGUAUCAUGUUUUUGAAGGAGAUUGAUUAUCCACAAACUAUUAUGUUUGCAAAUGGUAGAGAAAAGAUCAAAUCGAAGCAAGAUGUAUGAAAAACAAGCAGUGUCUCAAACUCAUUCGGUUACAUGCCAUACAUUUAUAAAAUAGUUUGGUUUCAACAGAAGCCAAAUGCCUACAUUAUGCCUACGAAAUGCAGUAUAAGGUCACUGUAUUUUCAUGUGAUUGGCAUAUUGGAGUACCAAUUUAUUUAUUGUAAUUUAUUAGUAAUAUUUUAUACAGUUCUUUGCUUAUUUGUUGCUAUUGAAAGUGAAUCAAGAAACUUAAUAUUUCUGUAGGGAAAUAAUAAUAUAUUUUCAGUAUGAAUGUUUAGUCCCUGUUCCCUCAAAACAUUUCAAU